AGAUGUUUCUAGAAGAAUAUUAAACUUAAAUAUUUUCAUUGUUGAGAUUUACCAAUGUGUAUUAAUAAUUCAGUUACCUACGAUAAUAUGAAUUUUCGGCUUUACCAUAAAUUAUCUCGCUUGAGGUGCAGACAGUAGGCAGAUACGGUAAUUGUAAGAAUGUUCAGAAAUUAAACAUGGAAUUGGGACCAAAUAUUUAACAGAUUUCAUCUGAAAGAUUUCAAAACCUUUAUUUUUUUGUUUUAAUUAAUUGUCUUGACAUUAUCCCACUUCAUGGUGAAAUUUUAGUGAAAAGAAAGAAAAAUAAUUGGUCCGAAAGAUUAGGCUGUUAUUAUUUACAGUUUUUUGUACCACACAAUAAUUAUUGUUUAGUGCUUUCUGGAGAAAGUUAUUAGAAUACGUUGAAGCGUUGCGUAGUAUCUCUGAUAACAACUUACACAUGGUGGGCAAUACGAAUUAUAUACAAAACACGGAAAUAAGACUGUUUAAGUAACAGCAAUGAGUACCGGGAACGAAUGCUUUUUGUAUUCUGAAGAUAAUCUCCACGAUCCUAUUUCCUUACCUCAAGGCGAAGAGGUUAUCUUAGGAAGAGGGCCUCGGACAAGAAUUACGGACACUAGAUGCUCCAGAAAUCAAGUAUGCCUCCUAGCAGACAGUUCAUCAAAAGAAGUGAAAGUAAAACAGUUGGGUAGUAAUAAUUCAGCUGUUAAUGGACUAGCACUGAAGAAGAAUGAAACAUAUACAUUGAAAGAAGGGGAUGUACUGGAAUUCCUGCUUGGUCAGUAUGCACACACAGUCAGAUUUUAUGCUAAAGGUGGUGGCAGUGUUUCACUGCAUAAAGGAAUUAAAAGGGAUGCAGAACAUCCCUGCCAGCCAGCAAAAAGAUUGUGUGAGGACUUUUAUACAAGCCAAAGAGUGAAUGAUGGGAAGGAUGCAUUAUCAACUGAAGUGACACCAUGUUCUGAGGACAAAUGGGAAUAUAUAGAUAAUAACAAACUUAUAAUUCUUACAAGCAAAGGAUGUAAAGGCAGUUCAAAGAUAGCUGGUUAUGAUGUAGACGGAACUAUUAUCCUCACAAAAUCUGGUCGUGUCUUCCCAAAAGACAAUGAUGACUGGAAAAUAUCAUUCAUUGAGGUGCCUGGAAAACUGAAACAUUUGUGGAGUUCUGGCUUUAAAAUAGUAUUUUUCACAAAUCAGGCUGGCAUUUCUAAGGGGAAAGUGAAAAUUGAAGAUUUCAAAAGUAAAAUUAGAAACAUUAUUUCAAGGCUUGGUGUUCCAGUGCAAGUUUUUAUAUCAACUGGGAAAGGUAUCUACAGAAAGCCAGCACCUGCUAUGUGGAAUGUUUUAGUCGAAAAGAAAAAUGAUGGUGUAGCUAUAGACAAGACUGCAUCUUUUUACUGUGGAGAUGCAGCUGGCAGGGAUGCAAAUUGGGCACCAAAAAAGAAGAAAGACUUUUCCUGUUCUGAUCGCCUGUUUGCUCUAAAUAUAGGAUUAAAAUUUUACACUCCAGAGGAACAUUUUCUUGGUUAUAAAGCUGCUCAGUUCAAUCUUCCAGAAUUCAAUCCUUCUGCCUUGAUGCAGGAUAAGCCACUCUGCGAACCAGCAGGAACAAAACUGUAUACAGAUGAGCUAGAGGCUGUAAUUCUGGUUGGUGGCCCAGGCUCUGGAAAAAGUUUCUUUGCAAAAACACAUUUGGUACCAAAAGGAUAUGUGCAUGUAAAUAGAGACACUUUGGGAUCUUGGCAGAAAUGUGUCUCUUCAAUGGAAGAUGCCCUAAAGAAAGGCAAAAGUGUUGUCAUUGACAAUACAAAUCCAGACAAAGAAUCAAGGAAAAGGUAUAUAGAAGCAGCUAAAAAAUAUGGUGUUAAAUGUCGCUGCUUUAUUCUUGCAACAUCUGCGGAGAAUUCUAGACACAAUAAUAAGUUUCGUGAACUGACUGAUGAUUCUCAUGAGCCCAUUAGUGAAGCAAUUAUAAAUAUGUUCAGGGCAAAAUAUGAGGAACCAACUACUGAGGAAGGAUUUUCUACUAUUGUGAAAGUGAAUUUUGUUCCUGUCUUUACAGACCCAGAACUAGAGAAGUUUUAUAAGAUGUACUUGUUAGAAAAAUAAAUACAAAGCUUUUUAUCAUUUUUAAGCUCAUAAAUCAGCUAGUGAUGCUAUAUUGCAAUCAGUUAAUGCCUGAAAAAAUGAAAUGUAUUGAAAUGAACUACCUCUUGAUAAUUAAAGUAGCUUUCGCGUUAA